AAUGGGAUGUGGAGCUGGAUCCUGGGGAGGGACCCAGCUGUCUGGAAGGUUCUGAACUGGUGUACUGAAGAGGUGCAAAGUGGAUUGUCAGGGAAGAUCUCUACUUUGGUCAUCAGACAUCCAGAGUCCAGUGACAGAGCAACUUGACCUGAUGCAGCACUGCCUCCUGCCUGCAAACUGCUUCCCACCCCUAGAGGGGCACCUGAGGCUAGAUCAGACAGUGGGCCAAUCUUGUCAUUUCCACCUCCAUUUGUAAGGAUGCAGCAAAGGCAGACCCAGCAAACCCAUCCUAUAUUCAUAACAGUGUCUGCUUGCUUGCCCAGUCCUAUGGCUUGGGAUGGCAACUGCAGGAAUGAAUGUGCCCACCCUGCUCUUCAGAAAAGGCAUAUAUGGAUGGGGUAUCAAGUUUUUGGACAUUGCCUUAGCUUAUGCCUAACUCCGCUGUGAACUUCUGAACCAUGUAGCCUGAUAUAUGGUUAAGCAUUGAAGUGAAUUUUGCAAUAAAGCCUUUGGCAGUCACCAAGCUAUGACCAUGUGUGGGAGCCAGAACACAAUCAAAUACUUUUUUCAGAGGAGAAGCACCUGUUUGUUGUUUUAUUGUGGUCAUCCCUAGCUAAAUACACGAUGCUGCUGACCUUACUCACAAGGCUGUUGUAAAGGAUACUUAAUACGAUUUUUGUUUACUUAAUGUAAUAGGUUUCCAUCUCAUUUUCCUAUGCAACUAUAUUCAAAGUGGCUAGCAAUGACUCCAAACACUAAAACUAUAAAAUCACAAUCUAAAACCACAAGAAUGCAAGUUUUAAAAAUACCAUAUCAAGAGUCACAAAAAAGAAAACACUUGGAAAACAGCACCAGAAUAGCCCAGUGAAAAAUAUGUCAUUUCAGCAGUAUCUAUUAAAACCCAAAAGUCUGCAUUUCAGCAGUAUCUAUUAAAACCCAAAAGUCUGCAUAAGCUGGUGAGUCUUAAGACCUGAAGGUGGAAAGAGAGAAUAUGAUGGAUCUCCCCAAGAAUGGCAUACCACAAUUGUAUAUAAACUUAAAUAAGGUGCUUUGACCAUUCCGAAGUAUUAUAUAAUUGCUAAAUAUCAUCAUCACCAAUAAUACAUUAGCUACAUGUUGCAGUUUGUCAUAUUUUUCCAACAACAAAUUUUUGAGUAAUGGGGCAGUUUGAUUUCCCUGCAACAUAAAUGCUUUAUUCAUGCAGUGACUGAAAACUCUUGAGUAAAAAGGCUUUUAUACAACAGAAAAUCAUUGGGAAUUAUUCGCCUUUAGUUUGCAAAAGAUUUCAGCCUUAAUGAUAAGACAAAAAUAAGUAAAAAUACUGGUCCUGAUUUCCCCCCCCCCAUAUGGUGAAUUUUGGUGAAGUUUUGUUACACUGUUUUGAUUUGUUUUGUUACUCCUACAUCUUACAAACUCUGAACUUCCUCCAUAGUCCAUUUUAUAUGCCCUUUUUUGCUUUCUCUUCUGACUUUCCCCCCUUCUCCUCUGCAUAAAGCCAUCCUCUUUGUCUGAAGUGACAUUUAAAUAAUACAGCUUAUCUGUAAAGCUUUAGCUAUGAGUCAUUCUGCUACAGUUGGUUUAGCUUCCAUUUCACCAAGGAUGUUGUUUUUAAUUAUGUUGCUAGAGUCAAAGCAACUUCCACAACUAAAAGUGCUUUCAGAGAUCUGUUUCCACUGGUACCCAAAGCUCCAGACAGGAAGCAAAAGUUCCCCCUAGGAAAAUGCCAUCUAGUACUGGAUAUUGACUAUGCCAGCAGUGGUUCAUGCAGAUCCUGCCAGUACAUUUGCACUAGCAACAAUAAGCAUAAUCAGCCUCAUAUGGAUUGUGGGUGUUAGUCACUGCCUGGAGGUGCUUUGAGUUGCCUUUUUACUUUGUUGCAAAAGCUUAACAUUUAUCAUGGCCUGGUAUUAAGACUAAAAUAUCAGCUGCUCAGAGAAGUCAGACCGACUCACCGCCCUUUCCUAAGCAGAGCCCUCCAUCUUGGUUCCUGCAUACCAUACACUAAAACCUGGUGAAAUACCACUGCCCUCUUAGGAGUGGACCUCGGGCUCUUCCAGUGAACAGAAUAAACCUUUCCCAACUUGGGAAGUGUUAUUCAACCAAAUCACUACUAUUCUAGCCUUCACCUCCUGGAAGGAGCUAGUGUCUGAAGAGCAGGACACGGGUCCUUAAAGAUGUACUCACUUAAGGUCACUUAAGGGGAUGGAGCUCCCAGAAAGACACAGCUGGCUAGGCUAUAAAACCCUGACAGUUGCUCCAGGCUAGAGCUGAGGUCAUGUCUGUAACCUUAGUUGGGAAAUUGCUGGCCGUGGUCCUGAACUCACACCAAGAAUCUGUGGGCCAAUACCUGCAAUUAUGUCUAGAGUGCUGGGCCUGCCCUGUUUCAGAUCAGUGCCAGCUUUGUGUCCUCUUGCUUGUGCUGUUGGAUCUCUGGGAUGAUAGAAUAUUUCAUGGAUCAGGAGAAUUCCAUAGGUGGCUUUGUAUUUUAUCUUGUAAAAAAUAAAUAAAUAUGGGUCUUUGAAGGGUCUGAGUCCUGUAAGUCAUGCGGUGUGAAUUGGACACAAAAGAUGGUCAAAACAACCAUCUACUAGAUUGUCCACUUAUCAGACGCAUACCUGGAGCUCUACAAGUGCUACAUGAAAUUGCAUGAACUGUCAUAGAUAUCUAAGUAGAUGUGUGGAAAGAAGGCAAAACCCCAAAUACACUUCAGGUGUCUCUUAUUUUUGUGAUAUAUCAGUUAUCCAGAAUGCAGCUUCCAUACCUAUAAGUGCCAUCUGUUAGAACUGGAUACCAUGACAGAGUUCUUCAGGCCCUAGUUGGUUUAAUGUCUGUGCUUCACUUGUUGCUCACCAGUUGCAGCCUGAUUGGGAUUAGCAAGCCUCCAGGAAAUGCUAGCUCACUUUUGCAUCCGAAGUUUAGGUAGGCUGCUGGUUUAGAUACACAGGCUGCUCUCUCUUUUUGUUUGGCUCUCUCUCCCCAUGAAACACACUCUUUCUCUCUGGCCUACCUCAAAUUUUCCGCUUGCCUGCCUAUCUGUGCUUGAGAACAGGAACUACAUCCAACUGACUGUUGACUGGAGUAUAUAAUGACAUGAAAGCUUUGGGAUUUGCUUGGGACUACAUAUGGACAUGCCUUAGUUUGAUUUCUUGGGCUAUCUAGGGCUCAUGGUUCUGGGUGGAUUCUUGCAAACACACCACAAUUUCAAACAUCUAAAGCAGUCAUAAUUUAUUCAGUGGUAUUUGUGAGCAUGACAGAUUUUAAAAAUAAGUGGCACACAGCUACUGUAUAUUGCUUAGUAAACAAUUCAGCUACUGAAGUGUGGAUGAUAUUAGGAGUAUGAACUGAGGACUGGCUACACAAGACCCUGCCUUAUACUGAAUCAGAUCACUGGUCCAUGUAGCUCAAUAUUGUUCAUACAAUCUCCAAGGUUACAGAUGAGAUCUUUUCCAGCUCCUCUACCUGGAUAUGCUGGAAAUUAAGCUUGUGACCUUCUGAAUGCAAAACAUUUAUUGUAUUAGUGUAGGCCUUCUACGGAGUUCAAAUUACAUGUAAAAAUAAAAAUAAUGAUACAUAAUAAUAAUCACAUGAAUACUAUUUAUCUGAGGAGCUGUCCUUUCAGUACCUCAACACUGCUAAUAUUUGUACACACGAAUGUAAAUUUUUCCGUGUCAAGACUGCAUUAUUUUGCCAAGUUUGAUCUGGACUGUUGAGUGAUCUAGCUCAUAAUUUUCCAAACGCUAAAAGGUCUUUGGGAAGGAAAUCAUAUUAGAAUAUUGUGGUUGGACAUGAAAUCAUUCAUCAGAUCAGUUUAACAUGUCAGCAUUCAAAGGAAAAGUCCACCCAUGUUGAUUUAACUAUGUAAAAACUGUGUGAGAGUUGGCCUGAUAAGAGGGUUAGGUUACUUACCGAGAGGUGGCUGUAAGUAAUCUGUUUUGCCUCACCAUGCUGAUUGUUAGUACUGGUCUGGAAUGUGCAAAAUCCUAAAUUAGAUGUAUGUAUAUACUGGGCAUCCAAAUGUGUAUGAGCAAUUAGCACAUUUAAUUCAGGAAAAAUAAAGCAGGUCAUGCAUCCAAAUGCGUACUGAAAUAGAAUAUUAAGUCUUAAACCAAUAUUCUUCAGAUAAAUAAAGACUGCUUUUUGUUUUUGCAAAAUCAGAAAAGAUAUAGCCAUGUAGAUAUAUAUUUUGCAAUAAAGCUUUGAAGGAGAUUUGUAUAAUGCAUAAAUACAUCUGUGUUUGUACCAAAAACUACAAAAGCACCAUAUAAAGAGGGGUGAGGGAGAGAGAUGUUCUGCUGGCGUUCAUAUCAGCCCGCCUCCCAGUAUAUAUCACAUAACUCAGUUAAAGUGGUACUAUGAUGACAGGAACCAACCAGAAAGCACCAUGCAAAUCAGAAUACUGUAUCCUGUACCAGCUGCUCUGUUGCUAGCUGGUUGUUAUAGUGAUAAACUGAGGCCUUGCCUCUUGGCUUCUCCUUGAAAGAAAAACCUUUAAUUUCUCAAGGGAAGGAAAAGAAGCGAAGGGGGAGAAGGCGGGGGAGAGAAUUACAUGAGAAAGGAAAACAUUAUCUGACUGAGAAGAGAAUAGCAGAGAGGGCAUCACCGCAAGCAGCAUUCACUGGCCAUGCCAGUGCUUGCAACUAAUGCUGAGUCAGAAACAGGUAUCCCAACAUCCCUUUCUAAUGAGCUUCCUUCAGAAACCAUGGAGGAGAUAGAACACACAUGUCCUCAGCCUCGACUGACUUUGUCUGCACCGGCUCCAUUUGCAGGUGAUACAAGCUGCCAGUGCAAAGCUCCCCAUGAGAAGCUAACUAUUGCCCAGGCCCGCCUUGGAACACCAGUGGACAGACCUGUCAGAGUCUAUGCAGAUGGAAUAUUCGACCUCUUCCAUGCUGGCCAUGCUAGAGCUCUUAUGCAAGCCAAAACUCUGUUUCCUAAUAGCUACUUGUUGGUAGGAGUUUGCAGUGAUGAUCUAACCCACGAGUUUAAAGGCUUCACUGUAAUGAAUGAAGCAGAGAGGUAUGAGGCCCUCAGACACUGCCGCUACGUUGAUGAAGUAAUCAGAGAUGCUCCGUGGACACUCACACCCGAGUUUCUGGAAAAACAUAAGAUUGAUUUUGUAGCCCAUGAUGACAUUCCAUAUUCUUCUGCUGGUUCAGAUGAUGUUUACAAGCAUAUAAAGGAAGCAGGAAUGUUUGUACCAACUCAGAGAACUGAGGGCAUAUCAACUUCAGAUAUUAUUACGAGAAUUGUACGUGAUUAUGAUGUCUAUGCCCGUCGCAACCUCCAGAGGGGAUACACCGCUAAGGAGUUGAAUGUCAGCUUUAUUAAUGAGAAGAAAUACCGCUUUCAGAACCAGGUGGACAAAAUGAAAGAAAAAGUGAAGAAUGUGGAAGAAAAGUCGAAAGAGUUUGUGAACCGAGUGGAAGAAAGAAGCCAUGAUCUCAUUCAGAAAUGGGAAGAGAAGUCUAGAGAAUUUAUUGGGAACUUUUUAGAGCUGUUUGGGCCAGACGGAGCUUGGAAGCAGAUGUUUCAAGAGCGGAGUGGGCGCAUGCUUCAAGCCUUGUCUCCAAGGCAAAGCCCCACAAGCAGUCCAACACGAGGGCGUUCCCCAUCACGGUCUCCAUCUCCCCCUUCCCCCUGGCUCUUCAGAAAGGCUUCACCUCCUUCCUCCCCAAAAGCCGCCUCAGCAUCCAUUAGCAGCAUGAGUGAAGGAGAUGAAGAUGAAAAGUAAAAAAGGAAAGAGCAAGGUAAUGAGUAAAAAGAGGAGGGAGGAACCACAAUUGGUCCCACUAAUUCAGAAGUCAAGUGGAAAGAAUAAAGGGGGUAAAUGAGGUAUGAGAUGUUUCUUGAAAGGGAUGCGGCACCACACAGAUAAUGGAGCACAGAAGAUCUCAGCUACAGCACAGAUAUUUGCUGAAGAGGGAACUGCCAGACCAACAGCACACAAUGAAAGGAUAUGCAAACAUUUGACUCAUUUCUUAACAAUUAUCAACACUUCAUUGUGCUGUUGCAGUUGUUGUUGCUUGAGCACCUUGAAGAGUUAUGGGAAAUCCGGCACUGAAGGGGAACCAUGCGUCGUUUCAGACAAACAAAGCUGGUAUAUGGUAUUAAGAGGCGUUCCCUGUGGCAACACAAGAUGCAUCUACAUUUGAACUCCAUUGUGCAUUUGCUAAAAGCUGAACUUUUGAAAAUGAAGUACUGUCUGGAAACUGCAAAAGCUCCCACAAUGCAAACAAGGGAGAACAAUAAACUCCCCAGUCAAACCAUGUUUAUAGAACUUAACCCGUCUUUCACAAUGGACAUACUUUGAAUCUCUUAAGUUUGUUGAAUGUUGCUUGUUGAGCAGGCUUUUAUGUAGGGCCAGUUUAUUUUAAUGUGAACACAAAUUGUUUGGUCACCUCUUACUAUGUUUUACUAAUGCACCCAAAACUAAUUUUCUUUUCUUUUUUUAUAAGAGUUUCCUCCCUGAUGUUGUUGAGAAAGCUAUUUCAUAUCUGGGGAAUUUUAUUUAUUUAUGAUUAAUCUAUAAAAAGGCCAAUGUCCAGGCUAGCCCCCAGUCAUCUUGUAUUCACAGGGUUAAUUUUAAAAUUAUUUUCUCAACUAAGAAUGUGACUAGAAACUGAACAAGUUAACUGUUAAGAGGUCAGCCUCACGGGAUUGACUGAAAUGCUUUUUCAUUCUGGUUAAAUGUUUUAAUGUGUAAAUACCCAAGGGAAUCCUAUAGGGGAAAAAUAUUACAUUAGAACUGCCUCUUCAUUACAGACCUUUGUAAAAUUGGAAGGUUUUAACAGUUCCACAGUGAAUUAUGCAUACAACUACAUUUUAUUCUAUCCUAUGCAUGAAUCGGUUUUUAAAAGAAAAUAAAACAUGCCCCCUAUUUUAUGCCCAAGAUUUAUUCAGCAAAUAGGUAUUCAGAAGAACAUAUAUAUAUUCCCUAUAUAAAGCCAGCCCAUACCUUUAUAACCUCCCUACAAUAACUUCUGAAACAUCUGUCACCAGCCUUUCUGAGUUCCUCCCUUGUUAAAAAAGUGAUAUUACAAAGAGAAUGACGUUGUUUGUGAUCCUACAGCAGGCCUACAUAAUUUGUGACCCAUUAAACUGAAUGUAGUCUACCAA